CUUGAGUACCAUUAAAGCCCAGCAUGAGGCGCUAACGAAACUGGCAAUGCAAGACGAUUUGUUGACGGAAGUUUGCGUUCAUAGAAGAAGAAAUAAGCAACGAUGGUGAGAGUUAAGUCAAGGUAUUUACUCUGUGAGAUAAACGUGACAGACAGAAACAGUCUUUUGCUCCUGAAUGACAAAGCAAUCGCCGCGGCGGUCAAAGAAGUGGUGGCCCGCAUACACGGCGACUAUGGGGCGGCCAUGUGCAGCCUGAGAUUCUCUGUGAAAUACCUGAAUACUCAAACAGGAAUGGUAUUCCUGCGUUUCCCUAAAAUGAGCUACAAACUGCUGUGGUCAGCAUUACCUUUUAUCACCAGUAUUGAUACCCGUUGGAAGAAAAUACCAUGUUUUCUGAACUGUCUGCAUGUAGGAGGAACAAUCAGAACGUGUCAGAAAUUUCUGAUACGUUACAACACACAGCAGCUCCAUCGAAUGCUCCCGAAUUGUCAAAAUGAAGAAGAAAAGGAAAAGAUUCGCAAAGCUAUUUUAAGUUGCUCCAUAAUACAAGGAGCAUUUGAAGAUGAACGUGAUGAUAAUGAAGAUGAACCCUAAACUGACGAUGUGGACCCCUCCUCCCCCCACCACCAAACCCCAAGUUUCAAUAAUUUCCAACCUAUUUGUGCUGUAUUUUUGUUAAAUAAAUGGAAAAAAAGUUGAUGUG